AUGACAAAGGAGAAGGUACAACAAGCGCGCAUGGAGAAUGGAGACAACAGGCGCCCGGACUUCCUCAGCAACGUGCUGAAGCAACCUAUUGAGAAGAGAAUGACCGAAGACGAGCUUGUCAGCAACUCUUACGUACUCAUCAUUGCAGUCUCGGAGUCUACUGCUACUCUAUUGUCAGGUGUGACCUAUUAUAUACUCACUGUUCCUAGUGUUCUAGACAAACUCAAAGCAGAAAUCCGGGGUGCGUUCACUACCGAGGACCAGAUCACUUGGUCUGCUGUUAAUCAGCUAAAGUACACCCUCGCGCUUUUGAAUGAAGGUCUCUGGAUGUACCCUCCUGUCCCAUACGGUCUCCCCCGAAUGGUAGAGGACAAAGGAGCUUUCAUUUGUGGGAGAUGGGUCCCCGGGGGAGUUACGUUCUUGACAACCCUUCAAUGCAAUCUUUCGGGAGUGGAAACACUGCGGCAGCCAAGAAGCCCAGCUGAGCGUGGCGUUGAAAGGCUUCUUCAGGUACAUAUCCUUGUGCCUCCCACUCGCCUGCAUUAG